AUGACUGGUGAUAGAAAAGGAAAACCCCUUGUGCUGGUGUCGUCGGUCGGUAAACAAACUUCCUCGGUGCUGGUCGUUUUGGAAGCUAAAGCACUUAUACCUCGAAAAGAAGUUGUAUGGAUCCCAACGCCUGUUUCUAGAGUACUCGACAUUUUAUUCAUCAUCAUAACUUUAGCUCCAUUAUCUUCAUGUUCUUGUUUGUAUUCAUCAUGGUUACAACUUUAUUAUACAGCAACUACCAUCCUCGCAGUCGAUUCUU